UCCUCCCCCUCGCCCGCCCUCCUGUCACCACAGGCUGCCUCGCUACGGAACAACCUUCCUGGCCAUCCCUGGGACAGAGCAGCUGGCUUUGGUCCGGACCUGGGUUUAGUCUUCUGGUCCCUCAUCAUGGAUUCUGGGCCACGGGGACCCUCAGGGACCUCAGAAUCUGGGGGGAAACCACCCAACUGGCAGGAAGCCAAGACUUUCUAUGACAGCCUGGCACCGAAAAAGAAGCCCAAAUCGCCCAAACCCCAAAAUGCCAUCACCAUUGCUGUGUCAUCCAGGGCCCUCUUCCGAAUGGAGGAGGAACAGCGCAUCUACAAGGAGAAGGGGGUGGAGGAGUAUGUUCGGUACCAACUGGAGCAUGAAAGUGAACCACUCAGUCCAGGUCCUGCUUUUCCCUUCGUGAGGGCCCUAGAGGCUGUGAAUAGCCGGCUUCGGGAGCUGUACCCCGACAGCGAAGACCUCUUCGACAUCGUCCUCAUGACCAACAACCACGCCCAAGUUGGGGUCCGACUUAUCAACAGCAUCAACCACUACAACCUGUUCAUUGAGAGGUUCUGUAUGACGGGGGGAAACAGUCCCAUCUGCUACCUCAAGGCCUACCACACCAACCUCUAUCUGUCUUCUGAUGCAGAGAAAGUGAGUGAAGCCAUUGGAGAGGGGAUUGCAGCUGCCACCAUCUUCAGCCCCAGCAAGGAUGUGGCAGUGCCCCAGAGCCAGCUUCGUGUGGCAUUUGAUGGGGAUGCUGUGCUCUUCUCUGAUGAAUCUGAGCAGAUUGUGAAGGCCCAUGGGCUCGACAUGUUCUUCGAGCAUGAGAAGACAUAUGAGAACAAGCCCCUGGCUCAGGGUCCCCUGAAGGGUUUCUUGGAGGCUCUGGGGAGACUGCAGAAGAAGUUUUAUUCCAAAGGCCUGAGGCUGGAGUGCCCCAUCCGUACCUACUUGGUGACAGCCCGCAGCGCUGCCAGCUCAGGGGCUCGUGCCUUGAAGACCCUUCGCAGCUGGGGCCUGGAGACAGAUGAAGCCCUGUUCCUGGCCGGGGCCCCCAAAGGCCCCCUGCUUGAAAAGAUUCGACCGCACAUCUUCUUCGAUGACCAGAUGUUCCACGUGGCUGGGGCCCAGGAAAUGGGCACUGUGGCUGCCCACGUCCCCUAUGGAGUGGCCCAGGCACCCCGCAGGACAGCGCCCGAGAGGCAGGCACCCCCAGCAGUCCAGUAAUCCUCCUGGUCAUUCCAGCAGCAGGAUCUUCUGAGAAAGGCAGAAUGGAGAACUGGAAAGGAUACUGGCCCCCAAAGAACUGGGUCUGGCUGGAGGCCAUAUCCCCUUCCCUGAGCCUCAGAUUUCCCAUCCGCAAAAUGGAAUUAAUGACUGACCCUAUCUCACAGAGUCAUCGUGAGGAAAGUGCAUUGUAUAAAAUCAAAAUGGGAAUUGCAA